AUGAAGUUUACCACUGUGACCGCCGUCCUCUCCGCCGCGGUGCUUGCGGCAGCCAGCAAUAUCGCCCUGCCCGCGGGUGUCCCCCGGUCGAUUGAGGAGUUUCGUGAGAAGCAUCCUUACAAGCCACCAAACUCUUCCGGCCACGGAAAGAGGCGCAUCGUGAAAGUCCGCCCCAGCCGGAACGAUACAGACGACGUCAGUUCGGAGUUCAAAAAGGCCCUCCAGCGCGCUAAUCAUGGAGGCACCGUCUACCUCCCAGCCAACGAGACUUUCAUCAUCGGCCAGCCGCUCGAUCUGACAUUUCUCAAUGAUGUUCAAGUUCAUCUUGACGGCGAGAUCAAGUUCACCGACGACACUCCCUACUGGCAAAGCGUCGCCUAUACCCAUCCCUUUCAAAAUACAAUCAUGUUCUGGAAGUGGGGCGGCAAGAACAUUAAAAUAUAUGGUGACGGUACUCUGAACGGGAAUGGACAGCGGUGGUGGAAUGAGUUUGCCGGGCUGGAGAUUCUUGACCCAGGCAACACGUAUUUACGCCCCGUUCUCUUCUACGCACAGAAUGCAACAGAUAUUUCCAUCGAAGGGAUUCAUAUGAAAGACAGUCCGUGUUGGACAAACUUUGUUGUGACCUCAUCAGGAGUAACAUACCGGGACGUGGUUAUUACUGCCGAGUCGAACAAUGCCAGCGCUCUACCGAAGAACACCGACUUCUUCGACUCCCUCAACGUCGAGCAUGUAACGGUCGAGCGGACAUGGGUGAAUAUCGGAGAUGAUUGCUUCAGCCCCAAGUCCAACGCCUCAGACGUCCACGUAAACACAAUGUACUGUAAUGGCACCCACGGUCAAUCAAUGGGGUCUAUUGGCCAGUACGCGGGAGAAAAGUCAAUCAUUGAGGACGUGGUUAUUGAGAAUGUCUGGAUGCUCAAUGGCCAGCACUCGGCGCGUCUCAAGUCUUGGGCUGGACCUAAUGUUGGCUACGGCUACAUCAACAACGUGACUUUCCGCAACUUCUGGAACGCAAACAAUGAGUACGCCGCGUUCCUGGAUUCAUGUUACUUCAACAUCAACGCUACGACAUGUGCGGCGUAUCCUUCACAAGUCAAUGUCAGUAACGUUCUUUUCGAGAACUUCUCUGGGACAACUUCCGGCAAAUACGGGCGCGUUGUGGCAUCCUUGACUUGCAGUUCCAACCCCAACGCCAUCUGCGAGAACAUAGCGUUCAAGAACUUUACCGUGACUUCGCCUUGCAGCAGCGGCACGGCCAGUCCGGCAGUCAUCAUUUGUGACAACAUCAAGGGUGAUGUCGGUGUAGACUGUGUCAGCUCGAAUAGCACGGAGGCGAUCGCGGCCAAGGCGGAUAAAUGCAGUGCCCCAUUGGCAACGCUGCCGCAGGCGACACCUUGGGUCAGAUAG